AUGGAGGAGACCAAGCUUAUCACAACCAAGGAGGUCCUUGGGCACGGCACCUCCGAGGAUUGUUGGCUGGUCAUUGAAGAUCAAGUCUGGGAUGUGACAGGAUUCGCCCGUGAGCACCCUGGGGGAGCGUCAAUCCUAUACAAGUAUGCCGGCAGAGAUGCCACCAAAGCGUACUCAGAGAUACAUCAAUUGUCCAUGCUGAGAGAUUACUUACCUCUGGACUGCUUCAAAGGUAACUUGGAUUCGGCUUCGAUCACAGAAGAAUGGACAGCCCUAUCGCGCGCAGAAGCCCCCGGUUCCGUCGCGGCUGAAGACGAGAAGCCUCCACUGCACAUGGUUCUGAACAGCUACGACUUCGAGGAAAUCGCAGCCAAGACGGCCUCCAAGAAAGCCUACGCCUUCUAUUCAACCGCAGCCACUGACUGCUGGACGCGAGAUGCCAACGAGGCCAUGCUCAAGCGGAUCUGGUUCCGGCCUAGAGUCAUGAAAGACGUCAGCACGGUUGACACAUCGAGCUCCAUCCUCGGCGCGCCCGUCAAGCUUCCGCUCUUCAUCUGUCCUACUGGUCUGGCCAAGUUGAUCAACCCCGAAGCUGAAAAGGCUCUUGCCCGUGCGGCCAAGUCCACGGGCAUUCUCGAAAUCCUCUCGACAAGCGCCUCACACCCACUCCCCGAUGUCGUCGCUGAAGCGCCGGACCACCCUUUCCUCUUCCAGCUCUACCUCAACAAAGACCGGUCCAAAUCCGCCGAAAUCCUACACAGCCUACGAGACCUGGGCAUGAUCGCCGUAUUCCUCACCGUCGACGCCGCAGGGCGCGGCAAGCGCGAGUCCGACGAGCGCCUGCGCGUCGACGAGGUCAUCACCAACCCGGUGACGGGGGAGCGGGCUCAGGCCGACAAGAAAGGCGGCGGCUUGACGCGCAUGAUGGGCAGCUACAUCGACCAGGGCAUGACGUGGGCGGACAUCGCCUGGAUCCGGCGACAGACGGACCUGCCUAUCGUGCUGAAAGGCAUUACUGGUGCGGCGGACGCGCGGCUGGCGCUGCAGCACGGCGUGCAAGGCAUCGUGCUGAGUAAUCACGGAGGCAGGAAUCUCGACUACUCACCGCCGUCGAUCCUCCUGCUGCUCGAGAUGCACAAGUGCUGCCCCGAAGUGUUUGAGCGGAUGGAAGUGUAUGUGGACGGCGGGUUCCGCAGGGGCGGCGAUAUCGUCAAGGCUUUGUGUUUGGGCGCGACGGCGGUGGGCAUUGGGCGCACGUUCCUCUACGCGUUGCACUACGGGCAGGAGGGGGCGGAGCAUCUGGUUGAAAUUCUCAAGGACGAGGUGGAAAGCGUCAUGAAGCUCAUUGGUAUCAAAGACCUGACGGAAGUGCAUCCGGGCUUGGUCAACACGUCCGACGUCGACCAUCUUGUGCCGGAGGAGACGGGGCAUCCGUAUGCGAAGUGGCGUCCGAGGCCUAGAUCGAGGCUAUAG